CAGCGCAAACUAGAAAAGUGCAUCGUUCAACGUAUCUUCUCAAAAAAAAAACAAUAUGGUUGGCCCACCUUCAGAGCAAACAAAUCUACUGGAUAAUGGAGAGAACACAGAUCAGAAUGAAGCUGGAAGCGGAUCUAUCAGCAGAACAACCUAUCUGCCUCCAGUACUGGUACUUCCGCUCGCUCUUCUCUCUGCAUUAGCCCUAUCUUCAACUUCUGCAACCGCUUACUACACAUACGCGACGCUCCUUUGCAAGGAUGCAACCCAUUGUAAAGGACAAGAAACGAAUAGAUUUGCCGGUUAUGUAGCGGUUGCGACGGCGAUAUCGAACAUCCUUGGAAUAGCCUCGUUGGGUCCCCUCCAAAGAAUCACGAAAACAAAACUAAAACUCGGACUAACCUUCUGGAUUACCAUUCGCUCUAUGAGUCCUAUGAUGCUAUUUGUGGGAAAAAAUCUACAAAACAUAUACGUAGCACUGUCCAGUAAAUUGUUUGACGGUCUCGCAUCCGACAACAUAUUGCACUUUGCGCUCAAUACUGCGUAUACACAACAUCCAAGAGCAGAGAAAGCAUCAUCGUUUAUCGGCUACUCACUAGCCUUGUACAUGGUCGGAAUAUCGACAUCACCAUUCGUUGCCGGAUGGUUCACAAACUCUUCGAUCAGUUUUGUCGCCGCAAUUACGCUUUUCGCACUUGCAGCUGCAUACUUGCAACUCAUAGUGCAUCCGAAAGUGGUCACCAUAGAUGACUCGGAGAAUCCCCGCCCGGACGAGGAAGGUCCAGAAGUUGAACAAACUUCGCACGCAACAUUGAAGAUUUUCAUUCUUCCAUUGCAAGCCUUGGCUAGGAACCAUUCAACCCUCUUUUGUGGCCUCAGUCUACUCUUGUAUAACGUGGUCCAAUCAUACAUCUUCAGCGCCCUACUGAUUCAUACAUCCAUUGAGUUCGGAUUUACUAGUAGAGAGAACGGCUUCCUAAUCAGCCUAGUGCACUCAAUUGGCGCGCUAUACAUCUUCAUGAGCGUGUAUGUUAUGCCAAAGAUUUAUCAGAUGUUAUCCCGGGAAAGUUCACAGAGUGCAGAAACGAAACUGGAAAAUAGUACUCUUGCGGUUCUUUCAUUCGGAUGUCAAGCUUUGUCACUAGUCGCCCUUGGUUCCUCAUCUGAAGCCUGGCAAGUGUAUGUCGCAGCUGCCCUGUUGGCAUUGGGACUACCCACACCGUCAUUCGUCAAAGCGCACGGCAUUUCUGGACAUAUUGGGUCUCGAAGAGCGGAAGUUCUAGCGGCACUAGCCAUGAUGGAGACGAUGGGAGAUGUGUUGGGACCUGUCGUUCUUGGAGGGUGGCAAAGCUACAAAACGGCGGGCGGGGAAGUAUUUUUCCUUGGUUCUGGACUGAUGAUCAUAUCGUUGGGUCUGUUCGUAUGCAACUUGUUUUCAGUACGUUAGACUAUUAUUAGUAGUCAACCAGUGAAAGCCUAGGUUGCUACCCACGUCCUGGCCGAACCAUCUGGUGUAUAGAUGUUCCGGCGAUGUUUAUUGGAAAAGGAUAACUACACAUAAAUUGUAGAAAGAUAUAGAAACCUCGUGAUAUAUUUGCUAUCUUACAUGCAAC